CCCAGUACUCCAGUACCAUGGGGGGAUCUUUCAUCCCCCACCUUCGCCACUCACUGAAGCGAUAGCCUAGGAGCCCUGGCUAACCUCCGCGCUGGGGAGUAGGGGCUCGGCCACGGCUGGGUCUCGUCCUCCUUAUCAGCCGGAGUGGAUGCUGCAAGGCGUGUCCGGGGCUCUGCUCAUGUGAUGGAGCCAGCGGGAGAGACGGGCGGGGGGACAAGGGAGGAGGUGAUUUUUUUAAAGGAGUUGGCAGGAAGCGGGGCUGGCUCCUUCAUUCGCAGGCUAGGCUCACCCUGAGCAGGAGCGGCCGGAGCCCGCCGGGGGCUGCCGGGCGGACAUCCCCAUUGUUACCGGUGCUGGGCGGACUCCCCCGGGGGCGAGCGGACAGAAGCGGGGCGCCGGGAGAGCGGCAGCCGCACACACCGACAUGGGCGCGGGCAGCUCGGCGGAGCAGCGGAGUCCGCAGGACGCGCCCACUGCAGCAGCGGAGUCCGAGCCUGCCAGUCCGGAGGCGGCGGCGGCGCCGCAUGAGCAGCCCGAGGACCCCGCCAAGCUUUUACAGAAGAAUGGACAGAUAUCCAACAUUAAUGGUAUAGCAGAAGAGCAAGUGGAGCUAAACCUCCAGCCAGGGGAGCUGAAUGAACAGCAGACAGAAACAUUUGUAACAGAUGUUGGACAAAGAGAACCUGCGAAUGUGACUGUAAAAGAAGAGCUAGCUGAAAAUAUGGAAGCCAUGCCACCAGAAUCAACCGAUAAGGAUCAUGUGGAAGACGGACAGAAGGAUGUUCAAGAAGCUAAUGAACAGUUGCCAUCAGAGGAAGAAAAAGUAGAAGAGCUAGAACAGCCCAGUGAAUCUCAGUCUAAUGAUGUUGGAUUUAAAAAGGUUUUUAAAUUUGUUGGUUUCAAGUUUACUGUUAAAAAAGAUAAGACUGAAAAGUCUGAACCUGUUCAGCUACUGACUGUAAAAAAAGAGGAAGCAGAAGUGGCAGCAAAUGGAGCUGGAGAUCAUAAAGAAGUCAAGCUGGAAAUGGUGGAGGAAGCAACAGAAAGUGAAGUGACCCAUCCUGCAGAAAAGAUUGAAGAAGAACCAAAGAGAGAGGAAAGGAAAGAUGAAUCUCUUCCUGAAAAGGUAGCAGAAAGCCCAAGUGAGGAAGCUGAAGGAAAUGAAGAGGCAGAAGGAAAAAAAGAACCUAGCAAGUCACCAGAGUCUCCAACAAAUGGAUUAGUUAAUGAAACUGCAUCACCACUAAGAAAAUUCUUUACUCAGGGUUGGGCUGGGUUUAGGAAAAAGACAAGUUUUAGGAAGCCUAAAGAAGAUGAGCAGCAGACUCCUGAGAAAGAAAAGGAAGAGCGAGAAAGGGAAGUGGCAGAGAUCCCAGUAGAAGCACAUGAGAAGGAGAAAACUGAGAAAGAAAAGGAAGAGCAAGAAAGGGAAGUGGCAGAGAUCCAAGUAGAAGCAAGUUUGAAGGAGGAAGUUAUUAUUCCUUCUGAACAGCCACUUCCACAAGAGACCGUUGAAAGUGUAAACAAGGAAUCUGAAGUGUCCUUUGAAGAAAAAGUAGACCUACCCCCUGAAGAAAAACCAAAACCAGUGAAAGAAUGUAAAAUAUCCUUAGAAGCAAAACCUGAAAUACACUUUGAAGAGAAAUCUGAACUACCAGCUCCCACGACCAUGGAAAUAUUUGGUGAAAAAUUAGAAAAAUCUAAAGGCAAAUCUAAAGAAGAACCUGAACCUGUAGCUCCAAUGACAACAGAAGUGUUUGAUGAAAACAUUGAGAAACCUGAACCAAAAGCUCCACUGGCAACUGAAAUCUUUGAUGAAAAGUUAGAGACAGAGGAAGAAGUUCAUGUUAGCACUACAGUGGCGAAAGAGGUUAAAACAAAUGAGAUAGAACAAAUGCUCUCCUCAGCUUCUGAACAAUCAGUUGAAGGAGAUGGUGAGCUACAAAGAAUUCAACCCACUGAGGAACAACUAAAGGCCAAAGAAACAGUAUGCAUAGUAGUAGAUGACCACAUCAAGCAAACAGAAUCAAGCCCUGAAGAUGCAGCAGCAUGUAAGCCUCCAGAAGGCAUCACUACUGAGGUUGAACUGUUGUCAUCACAAGAGCGAGCCAAAGUGCAAGGCAGCCCCUUAAAGAAACUUUUUACAGGAACUGGCUUAAAGAAGCUUUCUGGAAAGAAGCAUAAAGGAAAAAGAGAAGAAACUAAGCCAGGGGAACAAGUAGAACAAAUUCAACAUUUAGCUGAUUCCCCAGAAAGUCCAGAAGAACAGAAGGCAGAGAGCUCUGCCUCUUCACCUGAAGAAUCAACAGAGCCUCCUUCUGUGGAGAAAGCCAUAGAUGCAACACGGGUCACUGAAACCGAAGAAGGAGUAAUUUCAGAUGUAGAGAGGAAAAGAGAGUGUGUAACUCCUUGGGCAUCGUUUAAAAAGAUGGUGACUCCCAAGAAACGUGUCAGAAGGCCUUCUGAAAGUGACAAAGAAGAGGAAAUUGAUAAGGCAAAGAGUGCUACCUUGUCUUCUACUGAAAGUGCAGUCUCUGAAAAUCAGGAAGAAACUAAAGUAAAUGGUGAGGAGCAGAAGCUAGAAAAAAGCACAGAAGAGCCAAAACGAAAGGUUGAUACUUCUGUAUCAUGGGAAGCCUUAAUUUGUGUAGGUUCCUCUAAGAAAAGAGCUAGGAAAUCCUCCUCUUCUGAUGAGGAAGUAGGACAGAGGCUUGCUCAAGAAGGCCAAAAAAUAGAUGAAGUUGGCCAAAGCAAAGAAACUGCACCAGACACGAUCCUAACUAGUUCCCAAGAAAGUGAUCAAGGACAAGGAAGUUCCUCACCAGAACAAGCUGGAAGUCCAUCUGAAGGAGAGGGUGUUUCAACCUGGGAAUCAUUUAAAAGAUUAGUCACUCCAAGAAGAAAAUCCAAAACCAAAAUGGAAGAGAGAACUGAAGAAUCUGUGUUAGUUUCCAGCAUAGAACAUUCUACUUCAGAUGGUGAACCUGGAAAAGAAGAAACAUGGGUUUCAUUUAAAAAAUUAAUACCUGGUCGUCGGAAGAAAAAGUCAGAUGGGAAGCCAGAACAAGCUUGUGUUGAGGAAGCUGGAGAAGAGAUGACAGAAACCAAUGAAGAAGAUUCUGAUGUUCCAGCUGUUGUUCCUUUAUCUGAGUAUGAAGCAGCUGAACAAGAGAAAAUUGAGGCCCAACAAGCAACACAAACUGAGGCAAUAAGGGAAGAAACUUUAGAUGAAAAGAGAGCUGAAAAAUUAGAAGAUACCUUAAUUAUUGAGCAAUUUAAUGAAGGACUGGUUCAUGCAGUUACUGUGACUGUUGUAGAGGGGGAGAGAGCAGUUACCAGUAUUGAAGAAAGGUCACCAUCUUGGAUAUCUGCUACUGUGACAGAGUCCAUUGAACAGGAAAAAGAUGAUGAAGAACAAACUGAGCAGAUAUUUGAAACUGAAGUUGUUGUAGAAAAGACAGUGGUGGUUUCUAAAACUUUGCCAGAGUUGAGAAAGGACAUUAGUGAUGAUACUAUAGUAAGUGAGCUGGAGUUAACCUCAGAAGCAUUGACAGCACUGGAAGAGGCAACAGAAGUUUCCUGUGGUGAAGAAGCAACAGAAGUGUCCCUUGCAGAGGAGACGACUGAGAUGGUUUCUGCAGUGUCACAGUUAACUGAAUCCCCAGAUACUACAGAAGAAGUUACACCUGUGCAGGAGAUAGAAGGGACUGAGCAAAAUUUAGAAGAAUUAAAUAAACAAACACAGGAAAUUCUUGAGGAAGUUGUAGAAAGAGUGAAGCUAUCAGAUGAAGUACAGAUGAUUAGUGAAAGAACUGUGACUGGAGUCAUAAUUCAGUCAGUGCAGAAAAUUGGAUCUGAAAUGAAAGAUGAAGUUACAGUCCUAUGCAAAGAAACUGAGUUGGUUGAACAGUCCUUAAAGAAAAAAGAACCUGAAGAGGCUGACAUUCAACACAUAGAAAGUGCAGGAACGGUUCGAGGCAAAAAUGAAGCUGACGAAAGCGUUCUACAGGAAGUGUCAGAGAUGAGUGAAAAGUGUGCAGUGAUGAAGGAACACACAGAAGAAGCUAAAAGUCUGGAUAGAUUGGCAGAUGAAAGUCAAUGGCAAGAAACUGAACAAGCAUUUAUAGAAAGACAUGAAGAAACGUCUGAAGUAGAAAGGAUUCUAGAGAAAUGUAAAUUGAAAGAGGAGGAAUGUUACAGUAGUGUCACAAUAACUACCAAGGCAGAGCAUGAAGUGAAAGCUGAGUAUGUUACAGUAGUAAAACAACAAGAAAUUUCAACUGGAGAGGCCGAAGUGAAUUUAGAAGUAAUAAUUCCAAGUGAAAUCACAGAUGAAGGUGCUCCAGAAGUGGAUGGAUCUGAAAGUGAAACACAUGAAGCAAAGCUUGAGAUGUCCCAGGAAUUUAAGCAAGUGGUGGACAUGGUGCCUAACUUAGAAUCAAAAUGCAUUAAAGUAACUGUAACAGAAGCCCCUUUGCAGAGUGAGACAGAAGAUGCCAUGCUCUCUUUGGAAUCAAAACGUACAGAAGCAACUGCAGCUCAGUCCCCCAUACAGAGUCAGGGGACUGACAUCCCAGUGCAGAGUGAAAGGGAACAUGCCAGGGAGGCCUUAGAACCAAGAUGUACAGAAGCACUUGUAGAUGAGGCCCCUGGGCAGAGUGGGGUAACUGAGGUUCCUGAGAAGAAAGAGGUGGAAGAUGCCGUGCUUAUUUUAGAAUCAGAAUGCACUGAAGCAGUUGCAACUGAAGCUCCAGUGCAGAGUGAUGUGACUGAGGCCUCUGUGCAAAGUGAGGGGCAAGAUGCUAUGCUUACCUUGGAAUCAAAGGGCACUGAGGCCACCGUGCAGAGUGAGGUGACUGAGGCCACCAUGCAGAGUGAGGUGACUGAGGCCACCGUGCAGAGUGAGGUGGAAGGAAUUGCUACUGAGGGGUUGAUGCAGAGUGAGGUAACUGAGGCUCCUGUGAAGAAAGAGGUGGAAGAUGCCGUGCUUAUCUUAGAAGCAGAAUGCACUGAAACAGUUUCAUCUAAGGCUCCAAUGCAGAGUGAUGUGACUGAGGCCGCUGUGCAGAGUGGGGUGGAAGAUGCUGCGCGUAUUGUGGAAAAAGAAUGCACAGAAGCACUUGCAACUGAGGCUCCCAGGCAAACUGAGGUGCAAGAUGUCGUGCUUCUCUUGGAAUCGGAAUGCACAGAAGCAAUUGCUGCUGAGGUCACUGUGCAGAGUGAGGUAACUGAGGAGGCCACAGUGCAGAAUGAGGUGGACGAUUCCAGGCUUACCUUCGAAUCAAAAUGCACAGAAAUCAAUGCAAUGGAGACCGCCAUGAAGAGUGAGGGAACUGAGAUCCCUAUGCAGAGUGAGAUGGAAGAUGCCCUGCUUUCCUUAGAAUCAAAAUGUCCAGAGGCAGUUGUAACUGGGGACGCCAUGCAGAGUGGGGUAACUGAGGCACCUGUGAAGAGAGAGGUAGAAGAUGCUGUGCUUACCUUAGAAUCAGAACGCACUGAAGCGGUUGCAGCUGAGGCUCCCAUGCAGAAUGAUGUAGAAGAUGCGCCAUCUAACUUAGAAUACCCGGGGGCAGUUGUAAAUGGGGCCCCUCUACAGAGUGACAUACAUCCUAAAGAACUGCCUGUGUAUGGAAAGGGAGAUGAAGAGGAGCCUAUGGAAGCAAAACAAACACUUCUAUUGACUGUGACAAGUUCAAAUGACAAUCAGCAAGAGGAAACCAAGUUUGAGCUGAUGACGGAAGUGGAAAAAGAUUUGUUUGAACCUGGAAAAUUGGAACUUGCAAGCGGUGAUAAACUUUAUUCAACUCCAGUGCAGCAAGAGAUUUUAGCUGUGCAGCUGGAAGAUACUGGCUCACCCAUUCCUACUAUUGAAAGCUCUGAGGCUCAAAAAGCAUAUGUGCCUGUAACAGCUGCAGCAGUUGAAGAACAAAUCAUUGCAGAAACUGUAACAUCUAUGGAAACCUCAGCUGAAACUUUAGAGUCUUUAGCAGCAGUGCCUGAAAAACUAUUUUCUGAACUAGUCCAAGAUAUUACCAUUGCUCAUUCAGGAGUUGAGGCUGCAGACAGUAGGAGUGAAGAAACUGCAACACUGUCAGUAUCAGAGAUGACCGCUGCAAUGGUGGAUGGAAUGACUGAGGAAGCAACAAGCUGUACACAAUCUGAUUUGGUCCACAAAGAUUACGUGGAUGAUGCAACCCAGGGGAAGGAGCAACAGAAGCCAGAGUGUAGGGAAGAAGCUGGGGAAAAAAUAGUUUCUCAAGAUAAAAGCCCAUCUCUAACCCACGUAGAAUUCGUAAAAGAUGUUCAGUCUGUCACUAUAGAAUCUCAGAGUACAAAAAUUGUAUUAAAGAUCAUUCAGACUGUCGUUGAAAAACUUGAAAGAACAGAAGAGCCAGCUGCUGUGUGCAUGGCAUCUGAAUCAAAGCAGCAGAUUGAAUCAACAGACGGAAGUCAAAACGGUAUAAAUACAGCUGAAGUUCAGGAAAGCGUACAGGCUCAUCAGCAGCUUCUUGUAAAAGGUGAAAAGACAACAGAGGGUAAAGAACGAGAGUUCCAGCAACCAAGUACAGUCAAACAUACUAUUGUAACACAGUCUGCGGAGAAACAAGCUACUCUAGAACAAACAGAAGAUGUGCCAUUAACUUCUGAUAUGUCAAAAGAGGGAGAAAUUCAGGAUUCAGGAAAGAUUGUAGCUGUCCCUGAAGAUGUUUCAAGUGAAAGUUUAGGGGCUCAAAAAUCAGCGAUAGAUAUGAGUGUUUCAGAAGACUUAUCCAAAGAGACAAGAACAGACCAACCAAAGCUAAAGGAAAAAGAAGCGGGGCAGACUGUGGCCACCCAAGAGAAAUAUAUGGUUCAGCAAACACACCUAGAAAGGAAGGAAGACAAACAUAGCCAACCAGUGGAAGACAUGAAGAGACACACAGAGGAAGAUGUAAAUAAUCAAGAAUAUGCAUCUUGUGGGAGUCCACAAUCAAAGUCAGAGCUCACCAAAUCUUGAGGCCCAAUCCGUUCUGUUAAAUGUGUGUGUUACAUUUGGAGAGACCAGAAUGUGAAGAAGGCAAGAGCAGAAAGUGGAAUCUGCUGAUUGGUCUGUAGACCAAUAUUUCUGAAUUGUGAGAUUAGACCAUCAAUAUCUGACGUCAUUCCUUGAGAGUAGCUGACAAUCCUGAGGCAAGAUCAGGAGCUUUAGUCAUCACCCUCUACUCUUUUCAAGACUUCUUUAUUUUUGUUUGAUGAAAUGAUUGAAAAAAGUGAUGUCUUUGAUUUAAAUGAUUUCCAUAGCCUAUUGGCAAUGCCCAGUUUCUAUUGUUCCAGAUUUCCCCCUUCUAACAUGCUUCCAAAACUGGAGUAUAAUUCUUGGUGUAUUUAUAUGUAUAUCAUAAACCCACUUCUGAUUUUAAUGUAUAUGUUCUCUAUCUUAUGUUAAAAAUACAAAAUGAUAUACAUUUGCAUCAUUAUAUGAGACUAAGUGCAUGUGACCAUGGUGAAGCACUGUGAGUGAGCUACAGCUGGCCACAAAUUAUCUUCAUGAAAUUUAGGCAGGUUUUCCACUUAGUGGAAGGGUGUAAGAACUGAUAUUUAAGGCAUUAUGCUAGUUGUUGUUCCUGCUUCCAUAAAAGAACAUUCAUGAUUGAACAAUUCCUACUUGGAAACCUACUGAUGUAAAUUAUUAGGCAGAAGUUAAUUUUGCAUCACUUCCUCUAUAGGAAGUGCACUGUAAUUUUAUUGAAAAAAUUUAAAGUUCACUUUAUUGCAAUUUGAUUUUUCUGAUAGCACCUGGUGGAAGCUGGAAGUCCUUAAGAGUUACAAAUUUAUCCAUUUAAAAUUGUUCAGCAACCUUGAAAUGGUGAUUUCAAGAAAUUAUUGUGCUUAAAUCUCUGAGACAAAAUAUUUCAGCGUUAUGAAGAAAAGGAUUAACUGUUAUUAUUUUUACAUUCUAAUGUUACCCUGUCUCCAGGACCACACAAAUGCCAUGAAAUGAGACAUGUUCUUUUUAAAAAAAUGUUUUGAUAGAUACUGGAUUAUGUCCGCUCCAUAUUUAUGCCCACUUCUUUUCAGAACAGUGUGUUUCAUUAUGCUCAUGUACAUUUGGCAGAUCGUGAUUUCUGAAAAUGAUUUAAAUAAAAUCUUUGCUUAUACUUCGCUCUGUUGGUUUUAAUUAAGACUUGGCAAACCUGGAUCAAAAUAUUUCUCAAUUUUGUCAGGUGUUAAGUUACAAGUGUAGAUCAGUGCAUACAUAAAACUGGGCAGGCUUGAAAUAUUAAAUAACUGAACAAUUAUUAAGUGUUCAAAGUAUUCUGUACCCGACCUUCUAGGCACAGAGCAAGCAUGGUGGGUAGUCAGUAGUUUUAGAUCUGGUUUCUAAAAUAAAUGUUAUACGUUGCACUUUGUGAACUUCAAACCAUUCUGGUUGAGCAAGAUGUUGACCAAUAACUUCAUUAUCCUAUCUAUAUAGUAAUUUAUUUUAAAAUGAACUGUUUCCUUCUAGUGUACCAAAUGUUCUUGUUACGUCAGGUGCCUCCCAGUCUCUGGGGCUGCACAGUGUGCAAGCAAAGAAAUGUGACAGAUUACACUGUUGUGAUUGCACCAUCUGGUGGUGGUUUUCUGCAACUUGCAGCUUGCUACUCGUAUGUUAGCCAACUAAUUCACCUCUGGCAAGCAGAUAUGGGUUUCUCCUAAAAUGUGUAUACAACAUCACAUCUUGCACUGCAUCUGCUAACAAAAUAUGGCCAUGUCUGCACUUACAAGCUUACAAUGGCACAGCUCUACCAAUACAGCUGUGCUGCUAUAAGAUUGCUCAUAUAGCCACAUUAUGCCUACGGGGGAGAGCUCUCCCGUUGACAUAAAACCUGCUUAACGAGUGGUGGUAGCUAUGUCAGUGGGACAUAAUGCUGUGUACCCAAGUGUUUAUGCCGGCGAAGCUUAUGUCACUCAGGGAUGUGGGGGUUUUUCCACACCCCAGAGCGUCAAAAGUUUUCCCGACAUAAGUGCUAGUGUAGACAUGCCUUAGUCUUGAGGCGAAAAGUGACAGGAUCCUUGUGCUGUAACUGCUAAAUGAGAAUUCCAAAUAUCAGCAUAUUCCCACUGUAUUUGGCAUAAACCAUCUCAUCACAAAGUAUUGGAGCAGGGAGAUAUUGGUCAUCAGAGUUAGAAACACAAAGUAAUUUCUGCAGAAAUAUCCAGUUAUGUGAAGUGCUUAUAGCUAUCUUCUGAACAUUUUAGGGUACAUGAGAAAAUGGAGGGUUGAAUGUAUUUUUGUUAAAAAAAAAAAAAUUAGUUUUACAAUUCUUCUUUUCUUCAUUUUUACCAUCUCUCCCCUCAUUCCCUUGCUACUCUCUGUAACAGCACUCAAAGUGCUUAGCCCAGGAACAAUGUUUUUUUUUUGUUUGUUUUUUGUUUUUUUUUUUAAAAACUUGGAGAAAUUUUAGCAGAAGUCUUUUUUUCCCUUGAUGGUUUUAACUGUAGUUGAAUAUCACUUCAAUCCUAAAAUUGGGAAACUAUUCUGAGUUAAGAGCAGGUCUCUAGUAACUUGUACUACAGGCAGAUGCUGCUGCAGUAAAACAUUUAACCUGGGACACCUUAACCCUAAAGAACAACCUAGUGCUCAGAACCUUGGAAUCCCUUCUUUCAGCUCACUCAUAUUUUAACAGAAGUUAGUCGUGCAUGUGAGACUCGAGGCUUUAUAUAAAUGUUUCUCCAAGACACUUUGAUACUGUACUUAAAAUGAAUUAGGAUCUUCACUCUGCUAUGAGGACUUUGAUUUUACCUGACAUAAUGCACAUGCACGCUGUGUGUGUAUAACAUUGAAAGGAGAGGUUGGUAUAAUUAACGGAUGGAACUCUGGGGAUGCCCAGAAAAAAGCAGUGUCCUUUAGCUCUCUAAAAAGUCAGUAUUCUCCUACAAAGAACAUGGCAGGAAGGGCCUUAUUUUUGGCCCAAUUAUAAAUGACACCAAUCUGCAUUGUCACCAGUGCAACUUGCUAGAGUACUUCCAUGAGUGCAGAAUAUAAAGAUUUUUCUUAACUCACAGAAAAAUAUAUAAAAGUUAAAAAAUGUGAUCUCAACCAAUCCAGUCGGUCUUUCCUACCCCUUAUCUUUGGGCAUGAAUUACAAAAGUAAUUCUGACAAUGGCGGUCAGUUCCCAGAGUUUAUGUUGCUUGCGUUAUUUGUGCUUUUUAUAACACCAUGCAAAUGUGAAAUCGGUUACGUUUGUACAAAAUUAUAUACCUAUGUACGUUAAGCCAUAUUGCAAUAACUGCAACAGGUAAAACAAAAUAACAAUAGCAUGACCUGUGUAACCCUUUGUAGUUCCAAAGCUGUUAAUAAUAUGUAAAGUUAUUUCUUGUCUAAAUCUCAUUUAAAGAAAGCUAGCGUUUAUCACAAUGGAAAUGGUCUGUUGGUAGAAGCUGAGAAGCAAGUGCUUAAAUCUUGCUUGUUUUUUAUAUUAAUCCUGGGCCUAGCUAAGCAAUGCAACAAAUGUGAACUGUAUAACCAAUGUUUCUCCUUGUUACAGACAUCUAUAAAAUAGGGCACCAUUAAGACCUUCCUAAUGGUGCAAGGAACAUCUCUCUACACACAGAUACUACUUUGUUCCAGCCAAUUGCUUUGGCCCCUGAAAUACUCAGGCUGCAACCUGUAGCUUGUGCUUAAACUCCAAGCUUGCAGCUUCCUCUAAUCCAAUGUACUGGGUUUAAAAAAAUGUUGAUUUUCUAUUUUCUGUUUUUAAGGUAGAUUUUCACUGACUAAAUAAAGUACAACCACAAGUUCAUUCUAA